ACUCUCAGUCGCGACGUUGCAGAUGCUACUUUCUACUUGGGCUUGGCGCGGCGCGUUGUGGUGCGGUGCCGGGGCUGUAAGUAAUAGUCUUGGUGGUGGUGGUGAUUGCUGAUGCGGCGAUGUCGGCGCUUGCUGGGAAUGCGUCUGCUGGUCUGCUGCCUGCGCUGCGACAGGUUCUGUAGCCUCCGCGCCGCACGCGAGCAUGCUGCGACGCGAUGCGCUGCGAUGCGAUGCGGCUCAAGUAUCGCGUGGCGAGGGUGGGCGCCCUGGCGCGUGCGUGCGUGUGCGCGCCAUCUACUAUACACUGAUGAAGUUCAGGUACAACAAUACGGCUAGGUACAUUGGACAUAUUGCGCGAACAGCAUCUCCACGGUACGCAUCUCCGUCCAAUACUCCGACCCCUACACGAAUUCCCAUUCCAAGCUGGUCCCAAUUGCCAAUGUCCCAGCACCAAUGCACCCAGCACCCGCCGCCCGGGUCUACCCCAUCCCUUUCAGGCCCCCCUCCCCAUCCCCAUCUUAUCCCUUCCCUUCUUCGACUCGCCUACCUCCCCAAUCCCCCGCCACGCGUACCCAAUACCCAAGUGGAGGCGCGGAGUCGCUCGGCACGCGUUCCGACCUACAAACACACCUAGCGCCCACUGCUGCAAGCUAUGACUAGGUAUUGUACCUGCGAUAGUUCGGCACCGA